AUGUCAGUGCCUUCGAUGGUACAUCGAUCCGGAGAAACAGCAACGACAGCAGUGCGCAGCAACAGCGACGCCGACCAACUCAAAGACCUGCCCGACUGCAAAGUCAAGAGGAACUACACGUGCGCCGAGUGCGACUAUUUCACGCAAAACCCGCGCGUCUAUCUUUACCAUCUCCGCGAUGCCCACGACGAGAAGGUGAAGAUCUACGAGUGCCCGAACUGCCUGUACGCGUCUAGGCACUUCCAGAAGCUGCUGCGACACAAGAAGAUGGUGCACGGCGAGCAACAGGUGCGCGACGAGGAGGAAGAAGAAGAGGACACCAUGGUCGGGCGACAAGAGGAGGCGGUGCAACCGGCAGUGUACAAGUGUUCGGUGUGCGAAUUUUCCAGCCGCAGCCAGCAGCAGCUGACGAGGCACGAGCGCGAGGAGCACAUCAAGACGAAGUUCUUCCGGUGCUCCAAGUGCACGUACGUGACGCACAUCAAGGCGCGCUACACCAAGCACGUCAAGUACCAUUCGAUGCCGAUGAUCAAGUGCGACAUGUGCGAUUUCCGGACGCCGUACAAGUGGAACCUGGACAGACACUGCAAGAACCACAACGGCAACGGGGCGUUCAGGUGUUCCGCGUGCAACUUCACGGCUGAUAUCAAGCAGAGUUUGACGGUGCACGAGAUGAACCACCACGUGCCGCCCGUAGGGCAGGCGGCGGGUUUGGGGGUGGGGCGGCGGCGCAAUAAGGUCGGCGCCAGCGACGCCACUGCGGCAGAGGAGGCGGUCAACCAGCAUACGCAGGUCGCUAUUAGUGAACCGGAACCGGCCACAGUGCAGCCAUCACCGGAAGACCCCAAAAAACCCAAAUCUAAGAUACAAUCGACGAAAAAAACAAAAACUUUCCAUCACAUUGCCGGUGUCGAAGCAAAGAAUUUCGGCGGGUCCGAUUUCAUCAAUCCCGAUGACAUAGUCAGCCACGCAAAUGGAAAGGUGUACCUCAAGAACAAGUGCAAGUUAUGUAACUUCAAAACGGCCUGGGAUUCUGAGAUGGCCAAACACGAGAGGAAAGCUCACAACAUCGACCGAGAAGAGAGCAAGUCAGUAGCUAAGAAACCACCGAGGCCUAUACCAAAUCUCAUACCUAUCCCCUCUCAAGCAGCAGCUAUCAGACUGAGCCAACAGAGACAGGCUUUCCCAGUGCUGAAAGCCGCGGAAAUUCCGGAACCCAGUGAACCAGAAAUAAGUCAAAAGGACAUGAACGACAUCUGCGCGAAAUCCUCUAAUAGUAUUCUCAAGGACUUCGCUUCCCUUUUUGGUUCUGAAGACGUAUUCAAGUCAACACCCAAAGUACCUGAUCUCAUACCUGCAGCCAUGUACAAUAAUUUAUCCUCGCCUAAAAGUAAGUUCACCGACGUUGUUUUCAAACAAAAAAAUGCCUCGUUCUUCGACAGUCUUAGAGAAAAACUAGAACUGGGGACGGGAGGUAGUAGUAACCUUACUUGCAACAUAUGCGGCCAUGAAAGCAAAUGUUUAACGGAACAAGCUAAACACCAAAAAUCCUGUGGAAAGGAAGCCGGAAAGGCUCCCAAUGUGAUACCGAUGCAUAACAUUAGUUCUACUCGUUGUCAAGCCUGUAGACAGAGAUGCAAAUCAAGCACCGAUCUAUACAAUCAUCUGCAAGCUUGCCCAGAGGCUAUUAGGGCACAGAGCUUGAUACCUAAGGAAGAAGUUGAUUCAGAAAGUGAGGGCGAGUUGAAAAUAGAUAUUGAUGGAGGGCAAGUUCCCGAGGAGGAAGAAACCAAGCCACACCCUAUGGAAAAUAAAGUUUUCGUAUGGAACGACAUCUUGGUGCCCAUGGAUAUCGAAGUGGACGACUCGAAUUACGAGUACACCGAAGACAAAGUCGACGAUAAUGUAUCCUUGGAUCUGUCCAUUCGUACUCAAUCGCCGAUGGACAGCGACGGCAGCUACUUAGGCCAAGAACUUAACACUCCCAACAGUGUCCAUCAUUCUCCGGUACCCUCCAGUACGGAUAAAGUACCGACUCACGGUAAUGACAUUUCGGUAGCUCAACAUAAGAGAGUUUUCAAGUGUCCCCAUUGCACAUUCUGGGCGUCCACAGCAUCAAGAUUCCAUGUCCACAUAGUGGGUCAUCUGAACAAGAAGCCGUUCGAGUGUUCUCUGUGCUCCUACAGGUCCAACUGGCGAUGGGACAUAACCAAACACAUCAAGUUGAAAUCUGUGCGGGACCCAGCGCACGAGUCCGCUAAAGUUUUGAUGACAGACGAGACGGGAAGAAGGAACUACACCAAAUACAACAAGUAUCUAACGGAAAUUCCGGUUAGUAGCGACCAAUCUAUGGACACCAGUGGAGGGUGUGGCACCAGACCUAAACACCACGACAGAAAUGCAUCGCCUUCGACUAGCAAAUCUGAUCUGCCCAAGCUCAACAAGAUUCCUGCCGCCGGAGAUUUUAGCCUGCCGAAAAAUUCUCCUCUGAGACCGCCACCUUCCCUGAAAGCCGCUGAUAAGAACCUUCUGGCCGAAAUGUCGGACAGAAAACGAUCUAGCAGUGAUGGGAAACGGACGCUUUUCAAAUGCAAGAAAUGCAAUUUCAAGGACGCAUCCAGAGACGUUCUACUGCAGCACGUGAAGGGUCACUACCAGCAGCAGCCUCAGCAGCAGACGCUGCUACACCAGCAACAGCAGUCCCACCAGCACCUGUUGUCGGACGUGGGGGCCUCAACUAGCGCUCAGGAUUUGAGAUUAAGGGGUACGAGUCCUGAUAGAGACGAGGCAAGUGUAAAUAACAUAACGGGCGGCAAGGGCUCCGCCGCGCCCUUCCGGUGCGGUCAUUGCAACCAGGUAUCUAACUGGAAGCAUGUCAUUCAGAGACACUGCAGAUUGAAACACAGUGGAGAUAUCCGAGUAGUAAGCAACAAAAAUGGCCACGAAAAAGUUGAAGUUGAAGAAAUAACAGAUGAACCAGACCACAUCGACAUUACCCAAGAAGGAACAUUCAAAUGUAACUUCUGUCCAUUUUCCAACGACGAUGAUGCUGAGUUCGAGCAGCAUCUUUCAGGUCAUGUUAUAUCUCCGGAUAAUAAUGUAUUCAAAUGUUACUACUGCAAAUUCUAUGUAUCCCAUAAAGAAGAACUGUGCAACCACCUGCGACUGCAUGGCGUUUCUGAUCCUGGUAUCAGUAAAAUGUUGGAAAAAGUAACGCCAGAAAAUGAAGGAAAAAAGUUCAGAUGUACGACAUGCCCAUAUGUCACAAACUCCAAAUCACAAUAUACUUACCACAAACAGUUCCAUAAGCCAAGAGGGGGGCAGUACUCUUGCACCCACUGUUCGUACAAUGUUAGCAAGCGUCAUUUACUUCAUCAGCAUCUAAAGGUUCACGGAAUCAAUAUUGCCACCCACAAACAAAAUGGUGAAAGCAUGUUCUUGGACGAAAUCACUGAUGAAAUUGAAGAAGUGCCUCCAAUCCUAUUGACAAUAGAUUUCCAAAAUUAUCCAGAUAUACCACUUGUGUGGGUAUCGAAGAAUGGCAAGUUCUCCAAAAUGUUCAAAUGCAGAUAUUGUCCACACGUCAAUUUGCGAAAAGUCAAUAUUCAGGAACACGAAAAAAUGCACAGCAUUCGUGAGAAAAAUCAUAACUCGAAUCGAUUGAAUGACACCGAGCACAGGUGUACUGAAUGUAAUUACGUAUGCAACAAUGCCGGUGUGUUAUCAUCUCAUUCGAAGGUACAUCAAGGGAUGUAUGGUAUAGUACAUCGUUUGGUAGACCCUACCAAAACUGAUGAAGAACAAAUCAAGGAACUAAGCCGAUCCACUGGCAUACAACCAAUACCAGAUAGUGCAAUUCAAGAUGAUAGCGAAGUCAUCGACUUUUCAGCAAUGGAAACUGAAGAAAUAGAUAGUUCAUCUGGAUCAGGUUCGCUCCUUUACUUCUGUAAAGAAUGCCCAGCCAGAUUUCUCAAAGAAAACGAGUUCGGAAUCCACAAAAGGUUCCACGGUUUGAGACUGUUCUACAAAUGUGAUCAUUGCACUUACACCUCCCGCGAAAAACCUCACUUAAACUCUCAUUCCAAAGUGCACACUAACGAAUACCAAGAUAGAACGAAAGUAUUGCAAAACAUGUAUUUGACCAGCAUGAACUAUCCUCAGCCCAAAACCAGCAUCACAAAAACGGAAAAUGGAGAUACUAUAUGGAAAAUCGCAGAAAACAAGAGCUUCCACAAGGAGAUGAGUACUUUGUGUAGUAUAUUAAGUAAACCCGUGAAAUCGUCGCAAAACGUGCCAUUAUCAGGAACAGAUUUGUUCCUGCAAAAAUCGGAAGCUGAACAAAAACAAGCAGCUGAGAUGAUCAACGUACCUGCUUCACCUCCUCAAAAAUUUCCAGACAUCGACAUCAAUGAGCUAAUGCGAGGAAAUCCAGAAUUCAUCUACCAGCCUUAUUUGAAAAACGGGAAGUUGAAGGAGAAGAGAUACAAGUGUCAUAUGUGCCCCACCGCAUUCGAAAAAAGGGAACAGUACAAAGUGCAUUUGGGUCUACACGGGUCAAAGCAACGCUACAAAUGCGAUCACUGUGAUUACUCGGUCAAGUAUUAUGCAAACUUCGUACAGCACCUGAAAAAGCACAAGUUGAAUGCCGAAGCCCACGCUGCGAGACGACCGAGUGACGAGGGAGACCUGGAAGUGGACGAAAGUGCAGAAGCCUCCACAGGAAUCAUUCCUGAGGAUGCAAGUAGGCCAUUGAAACCAAGCUUGGCGGACCAACAAGUGGCUGCGAUAUUGCAACACCGAGAGGCGGGACACAGUAUGGAAUCGGAAGAGAGGAAGCAUUACUGGUGCCCAAAUUGCCCCUACAUGAAUACUAGAAAAGAUGCUGUUGACAAUCAUCAAAAACGCCAUUCAAACAUUUCAGGCGUCAAGUCAGCCUACACUUGCGAACACUGUGAUUAUUCUGUGCCACAAAGUCACUUUUUAAAAGAACACACCAAACUUCAUUUCAUGCCAAAUAAAGUGAACCAAGUGGAGGGUUUCAUGAUAUGUGAUAAUAUAAAGUUAACCUCAAACAAAGUAGAUGAACCCAGUAGAAUGGAAGGUUGUGUCAUUGAAGAUGAUCAGAAACUAAUUUUUGAAGAACGCGGGUCCGAACUUUUCUUACCAAGUUUGGGAGCCGAUGUUGCCGAACGUUUCAAUAAUAACGAGGGUGAAAAACAAUUCGUUAAUGUACAAACAGGUGAAAUAAUUAAAGAGGAAUUUAUUAGUGAUAUAGAACUUCCUGAGAUCAAGGAAGAACGUAAAAUGGAAGUAAAUUAG